AUGGCCGCCCCGAAAACUCGAAAGUUAAUGAAAUUUUGGCGGCCCGUGGUUCCGCGGGGCACCAAGGAACAUCUCCCUAUCGACCCGGUCUACCUGGCCCUAAAACAGGCCACCGGAAAAUAUGGCUCCCAAGGUGGGGUCAACGGAUCUCGUCGUGGAUCAUCAGCACAUCCGCUUGAUUCUCACUCUCCGUCACCAUCUACGCUAUCGCGUGUAUCACUGCAGGACUCUGGCUACGUCGAGAUGCCAAAAGCCAGUCCGCUUCUCGGCUCGUCACCACAGCUCGACCAUGCCGGCCGCAACCCGGCCCGCCGACGGGCCCCCAAGCUAUCGCAGCAGAUGAAGAGUCUGUCGCUCGACUGUGCCGACGUGCCGCCACGCGCCCAGCCCGGAGUGUCGCGUAGCCCAAUGAGCCGUGGAGGAGCCGUUCUCAGCGCUCGCGACGCAUCGUCGACUGGAAGGUUGCGGAAUGGAUCGUCCGAUUUGUCGGACUGGGAGCGAAGUUGCUCACCGCAGGUCAACACGAGUCGCCGAGGAUCGGCUCAGCCAGCCAGCAUCCAGCAGGGCGGCCACAUCGUCAUCCACGAGUACACCCCGUCCACCGGACAGCCCCUGUACUUGGGCGAGAAGUUGAUCGUCGUCAACAACGGGGACCCGGACUGGCUGCAUGGAUUUAGAAUAUCCGACCGCACCGAGCAGCUGAUCUCUUUCCCAGCAACUUGUGUCGGGAAGGUGAAGCCAGGGGAGCAGCCGAUGCGAAUCUCCCAAAAUGUCCUCAUCUCCGACAUUAAACUACGGCUGUAUAGGGAUCAGGUGGUCUUCGCCCAGCCCGACUCAAUCCGCGAGGGCAAGGUCCUGAUCCGCACCGAGCGCGACGUGUUCACCGCCUGCCGCCUCGAGUACCUUUCCAUCCUC